AUGUUCCAGCCCUUUGUGCUAUGGCUUUGGAACUUGGCGGUUAGCUGUAGCUCUGGCGUGGCAGGUGGCAACUGUGGGGUUUCAAUCCCUCGAGAGCCAAGCGCACCCAACCCACUGCUGGAGCCAUUGAGCGUGGGAGAUCCAGAUGCCGUGGACCUCGAGGAUUUGCUUUUCUCUGAGAACGACGACGAUUGGCACCACAUCCUUCACAAUUGUGCUUCGGGAGAAGCUGACACCUGCCGAACCUUCGGCAUCCAGCAGUGGAAUCUAACGUCUUUCCGAUUGUUGUUUUACUUUGGAGAUCACGGGCGCCCCUGUGAUGAAGACUAUGCAGUGGUUCCAGAAGUUUGUGGAGGUCGCAUCGCAUGCCGAUGGAUUGACGGUCAUCUCCGCAUCGUGGCCAUGGAGAUUGAUGACGACUUGCCGUGGCCUGCACUCCACCAAUUGCCACACUUGUUCGCGUUGACGCUCCACAACGCCAACGAGAAGGCUGUGAAAGGCAUUGCCAAUUCUACACUUGAAUUCCUGCGGCUGGUGCAGCCACAAGCUGGUGCCGUGGAGGCGCUUUUUGCUCCCACGACCUUGCGAAGCAUACAGAUCCAUGGCAUACAGGACCAACGGAGAUGGACAAGAACUGAUUUGACUUCUUUGUGCGCAUUCGAUUUAGCCCACUUCAGCGCAUUUGUCAUCCAAGUCGUCGGGGGCACCUUACCCCACUGCUGGAGCCGCAUGAAGAACCUUCGGACCUUCUACUGUUCCAAUUGCAUGAUGUCCUUGCCACCCACAGCUUUGCGCGACCUGUCUUCAUUGAACUCCUUCGUGGCCUUUCGGCAAUGGGAGAUGGUGCCCUGUGCGCUUCUGCAUGUGGAGAACAGUGGCUGCAAAGCUUCCUGGGAGACCAGGCAUGCCACCAAGGAUGGCAAGAAGGGCAUGGCAGAGAGCACCGGUCAUUGGGACAACUUCCAAGAAGGCCCUAGCUUUCUAUGUCCUGCUGCUUCUUACAGCUUUGCCUUCGAGGAAUUCCUCCAGCUGGGUUGGAGGAACCUCCGGAAGCUUUGGUUGGAUGGAAAUUUCCUCACAGGGGUCAUUCCAGAGAACAUUGCAGUCGUUUGGCCACACCUGGAAUCCCUGGACCUCUACGACAACAAUCUGGAAGGUCCAAUCCCAGCCUCUUUGGGCACCUUGCCUUUCGUGAAGCUUCAGCUGCAAAGCAAUGAUUUCAGCGGCCAAGUGCCCAAGUCGGUCCUCCGUCUGGCGGAGAGGCCGAACAUCCUCCUUGGGUUGCAGGAGAAUCCCAAUCUGGAGGGGUGCGCACCCUUGGUGGGUCAUUGGCAAAAUGGCAUUCCAGGCACUCGCAUUGGACGCUGUGAUGAGCUUUGA